AAAUUCAUUUGUAACAAACAAAGUAUUUUAUUGUUUGGCAUUACUGCAUGCCACCCCAAUAAUUUGUAAUCCAAUUGCAAAAUCUUCCUCAUAGAUUUUCCUGUUUACUAUAUUGUAAUGUAAUGUCUACCAGGAACUUGAUUCAGUAUUAUUUUAUUACGCUUAGGAUAUUUUACUAGUGAGAGCCAUGGUUGCCCAGUUGGAAGAAAACAUAUCUCUCUUUGUUAGGUCACAGGUUCAAGUCCAGCAUGAUUAAAUGAUUAUCAAAAUUGUCUUGUCAAAUCAUCAAAAUAGGUAAAUGGAUCUUGUGAAAUUGGAAUAUAAGUAAGUCACAUAGUCAGUGUUGUCAUAUAGGUCAGCUGGAAGAAAUCUCUUUGUUUAGAUAUAAGCUUACCUGUACUAUCUGUUUUCUUUGUUUGUACCUUGUGUCUGUUUUAUUGUGUACAAAUAAAUAAACAAGUAAGAUGAUGAUGAAGAUGUUUUUAACUAUUAUAUAAAAGUUGGUACAUAUAAUGUUAUAUAAGUCAGUUAAUAUUCUUUUUGAAGUAAAAUUCAUUUGAACUCUUCUAAAAUAUAGGUUAGUGGGCUCUGUGUUCCGCAUUUAGACUCUAAGAUGGCCCAUUAUGCAUGUCUAAAAUAUAGGUAAUUCGUCUGAAAAUAUCAUAUAGGUACUUUUUCUCAUCGUUAAUACUGCACACUAUGUGGUUCAUGUAUUGUUGCUAAUUACUGCUAACUACUUCACAUACAAAAUGUGGUUUAGCAGUAGUGUUAUCAUCAUUAUGGUAGUGACUAGUGGGGCUUGAGGUACAGCAUUUGUGCACAAGUUUAAUUUAAUUUUCCUGGUAAAAUAUGACUGAUAAUGAGCAAGUGAAAGCGGCGGCGGCUGCAGCGGCGGCGUCGGAGUGCGAGACAGAGGGCGAGCUGUCUCCACUGCCGGUACCGGGUGGGCAGCCGCCGCGCCGCCGCGGAGCCAUCAGCGCCGAGCCCGUAACCGAGGAGGAUGCUACUAGUUAUGUUAAAAAGGUCGUGCCAAAAGACUACAAAACGAUGGGUGCUCUGUCGCGCGCCAUCGCGUCGAACGUGCUGUUCACACACCUGGACGAGUCGGAGCGCGCAGACAUGUUCGACGCCAUGUUCCCGGUGCAGUGCCUUCCAGGAGAGACCGUCAUACGCCAGGGCGACGAGGGCGACAACUUCUACAUUGUAGACUCCGGAGAAGUUGAGGUGUUAGUAAACGGCGAGCCAGUGACGACCAUCAGCGAGGGCGGCAGCUUCGGCGAGCUGGCGCUGAUCUACGGCACGCCGCGCGCCGCCACCGUGCGCGCGCGGACCACGCUCAAGCUGUGGGGGCUGGACCGCGACUCCUACCGCCGCAUACUCAUGGGCUCCACUAUAAGGAAGCGACGCAUGUACGACGAGUUUCUGUCGAGAGUUUCUAUACUAGAAAGCUUAGAGAAAUGGGAGCGACUAACUGUAGCGGAUGCUUUAGAACCUGUGUCGUUCACUGACGGAGAAACCAUCGUGCGCCAGGGUGAGCCCGGCAACGACUUCUAUAUCAUAGUCGAAGGCACGGCGGUGGUGUUGCAGCAGCGCGGGGGCGCGGCGGAGGGCGCGGCCGUGGAGGUGGGGCGGCUGGGCCCCAGCGACUACUUCGGCGAGAUCGCGCUGCUGCUGGACCGGCCGCGCGCCGCCACCGUGCGCGCUGCCGGCCCGCUCAAGUGUGUCAAGCUGGACCGCGCCAGGUUUGAGAGAGUUCUGGGUCUGUGUGCCGACAUUCUGAAGCGCAACAUAGCACAGUACAACAGUUUCGUAUCACUUUCCGUCUAACAACUGUGUUCGAGUCUACAAGAGGAUGCCUAUGGCAUAGCAAGACUUUAGACUGAUAACAAUUUUAUAAAAUCGAUUCAGAUAGCCAUUGAGCUGCCAGUAAUGUAAUAAUAAUAAUAAUAGUCGCAUGACAGCUCGUCUUUUUACUUUCAUAUCAAAUAUACUAAUUCAAUAUGGGACCCUCUUGAAUGUGCGUCCACAAAUACUCAUAAAAGAAUUAAGCAUUUUCAACACGAUUUUUUAACAGUUUCUUCCAAUGCCUUUAUAUGUCGCUGUGAGCCAGUACGGGCGUAUACAGGCAUAUUGUCGCCCGGUGCAUACUAUGAAAGUUACUGUCAACAUUUCGUAUGAGUGCGGUGGACGCCCCUUAACACUCAGACUACUAAAGCGGCCAGUUGUUAAGGACAGAAGUUUUGUAAGUGUGGAGUAUUUAAUUAAUUUAUAUUAAUUGUUAUGUAAAACAUAAUACUUAAACUAAGCAGAUGUAGUUAAUUUUAUUUAAACAAAUAACAGUGUGCAAUUUAUUAAUUUCUGUGAAGUGUGGUGUAGCCAAAUCCAAUAAAGAUGGAAAAAAUAAUGGAUAUAACUAAUGUAUUAUUAAAUGUAGUGUUCAAACUGCUAGAAUAUUAUUUAUGUUCAUACUUACUAUAAGUCAAUUAUUGUGAAAAUUAAUAAGUGUUGCUUUCUUCUGUAUUUUAUGGAAAUUUAUUAAAAAAUAAAACUGU